AAGGAUAAACCGAUUUUCCGAUUACUUACUCAUUAAUUACUGUUCCUGUGUAACCCUCCGUUUGGCGUGUCGGAAAAUUAGAGGGAAAAUGUAAAAAGAAAAACACAAAAAGAAUGAGGACGUCCGAGUUCACGGACAAGCAGAUUAUGGAACUCUCUGGAUCCCGAUCCGAAAAUUCUUCGCCUCUGUUCUCAAAUCUUCAAGACGACGAUGAGAACGACGACGACCUCUCUCCGGUAUUUCGAUUCCACCCUAUACGACCCGUCUUUUUCGCCAAGAGCGUUGAUUCUGCGGAAGCUGUUGAUUCUCAUGUUGUGGCACUGAUAGAUAGGAAGAUGAACGAGCUCGGCGAGAUUCUGGUGCACGCCGUGGAGGGUCUGAGCGCGCGGCUCUCGCAGCUGGAGACCAGGACGCGCAGGCUGGAGUGUUCCAUCGAUGAUUUGAAGGACUCGGUUGAAUUCAACCACGGCAGGUCUGAUGGGAAGCUGAGAGAGCUGGAAAUUGUUCUGAGAGAGGUCCAUGGUGGUAUUCAAGAUUUAAGGGAUAAGCAAGAGAUUGCAGACGCUCAGCUGCAGCUUGCGAAGCUUCAAAUGUUGAAAAACCAUAAUAGCACUGUUCAGAGUAAUUCAGCUAAAGGGAUGCUGUCAUCUGUCCCUCAGCAAAGCCACCAACCUCUUCCAAUUCCUGUUGCUUGUCCACAGCCCUCUAAUGUUCCUGCAAACGUACCUCUUCAAACUGCAUCAACAGCAGCUUCAGCAACACCUAUAAGGCUUCCUACCAUGUUAUCCCAGAACCAAAUUCCCUCUCUUCCUCACCCUGAGUCUUACUAUUCACCGCCUGAAUCUACACAUCAGCAAUACCACAUGCCUCCAACGCAGCACUACUCUCAGCAACCAUCUCCAGCACCACACAAUCAUUAUCACCCAGCACCUCAACUUCCCCCAAUCACACAGUUAACCCAGCAGCCACCACACCUACACCCACCUGUCAGCUUUGGCAACCCCCAAGCACAUUGUCCACCUAGCCAUCGUGCACCUGCCACUGCUCCACCACCCUCCCAAAAUUUUUACCUGGGUUCUGCCCAUCAGGUGUAUGAUCAACCCUCCAGCAAUCCUUAUUCAGGGUUACCAUCCAGGCACUCACAACAACCACCUGGGCAUUCAAGUUUUUAUGAGCAUUCUUAUAGCGGAUCUCCUUCCCGCUACAGCAGUUCGACAGUGAAACCGUCGCAACCCUCCCUGUCUCCUUCGGUUCUCAGUGGUGGAAGCAGCAACUCACGGCUACCAACCACCCAGGUAUUACCGCACGCACUACCUAUGGCCUCUAGUGUGGAUGGUGGAUCAGGUUCUGGUGGGACUGGAGAUGGCACACCAAGAACUGAUGAUGUUGUUGACAAGGUUGUAGCAAUGGGAUUUCGGAGGGACUUGGUGAGAGCAACAGUGAGGAAAUUGACGGAGACUGGGCAACCAGUGGACCUUAAUGUGGUUCUUGAUAGGCUGAUGAAUAAUGGGGAAGUAGAGCCACAGAGUGGCAGGUUUGGCAGAUAAAAUAACACCCUUAUUGUCUGCAAUGCCUGGUUUGAUUUAGUUCUGUAAAUUAUAGUGAACCGUGUCUUGUGUAUCAAUGCUGUUUCACUGAUGGGUACUUUACACCAUUUCCUUGUUGGUUUCUAUGUAAAUUAAAUUUGUCAACAGACAUUUAUAAUUGGUUUUGUUUUAUGUGACUGUAAAUACAAAGGUCGCAUUAUCAAUUGGAGGAUUA